GGCUUUGGUGUCUUAACCCAACCGCUACUGUCUUCUUUUCGAGCCGACCUGCCUUGUCUAGUAUCCUCGCCUCUCCCCUUUUUUAGACAGACACAGCAUCCCAACCAUAUUAUUUCACAAUGGCUAGGACUAGGCGUGGCGGCAGCAAGAGCGCCACCCAGACGACGCGGCAUCAUCACCGCGAUAAUGACCCGACCUUCCUCGCAGCGCAGAAGGAGGCCGAAAGGCGUGAGCGGAUUCUUGCUGAUCGCCGCCGAAAUGAGGCCAAGUGGCGGGCCAAGAUCCCCGAAGUCCGCAAGGUAAACUUCGAGAACUUCAAGAAUCGGUUCCACGACCUUGACGAGCCCGAUUACGCGAUCGAGGUCCUCAUGGCCGGGCCCAACUUUCAAGCCCAGGUUCGGCGAGAGCAAGCAGCCCGGCGCAAGGAAGAUCUCGCUCGCAUACGCCAGAAAUACAUGUUCCCCUACGGCGUCGCUAGGGAGCCCGUCUACUCGGCCGGGGACAGGAACAGGAGGGAGAGGAAAGUUGAGCCUCCCCAGGCGAGCGACACCGAAAUCCAACGUAUCCGCAUCCAGUCCCAGCCAGUUCUCGGCCAUCUCACCGCGCUGCUCAAGGAUACGGAGAAUAGAUCUACUCCUCGUACCUUCCUGCGUCCUUUCAAGCCGUUGGUCUACUUCCAGCCCAAAAUGAAAGAGAUCCUCGCCACCUUGGAAGAGAAGUGGGCCGAUUACGAGGAGCUUGAAGAGAUUAGGUCCGAGAAGGUCAACGAAUCUCCUGAGGAGGUAGAGAUCGUGGAGAGCGACGACGCCAAGGAAGAGGGUGAGGAUGGCGGCGAGGGUGACAAUGAGGAUACCGAGUCCCUGCUGUCGGUCGACACGAAUGCCGAAGACUUAGACGGUAUCAUGGAUGGCCCCGAGGCCCUACGGGACAUGCGGUGCUACAUCAAAUUCAUUGAUGAUGAGAUCAUGCCUCUGCACAAUCAGUAUGACGGCAGCAGCGCGGACAAGGUCAAGUACGACGACUUAUGGUCUCUAUUCCGAGUCGGCGACAUAAUUUACAUGCCGGCAGCCGGGGAGACGGCUGGUCGCUACCAUGAACUCUGGCGAAUUUACCGAGUUGAGGUGCCCGAGCCCGAGGUAUCCUACCCCUCGAAGAUGGGGUGGGAGUUCUUCUCGGACGAGCUUCAGCAAGAUAAGAAGGCCAAGUUCAAUAUUUUUGCUUACUACAUCGACCACGACGGGAACACCUUUGGCGCGGUGCGUCACAUGUUUGAGAUCGAGUCGUUCGCCGGGGAGCGGCUCAUCGAGAGCCUCGAGGUCUUCCCCAUCCGCUACCGGCCGGACCACAAGCAGCUUCUGCAGACCUUCGAGCAGCAAGGCCGGGAUUUCCAGCGGUACCUCACCGACAAGCACCAGUCGUACAACGCAUGGACGCUCACCAGGAAUCCGCCGUACGAUAACGACGACCCUGAGUACGAGAUUCUCAGCGACGAGAACGGCAACAAGAUGAGACACCCCGAAUUUGUAGAGAGCGACGUCAUCGUUGACCUCGCGGAGGCGUACCAGCAGAACCCCGACUGGCGCCCGACGUUCCACCGGACGACCCUCACCAAAUCCAUCCGAUGCGAGGUAGAGGACGACGAGAUGAACAUCCAGCAGUGGUUCGACGGGUCGCGCCAGAACCUUGCUUACGCACAGCGCGAGAUCGUCCAGAAGUUGGACGGAGUCGAGAUGUGGCAGCGUCGCGAGAACCUCAACGUGGACCUGUUCCUACGUCAGCGAGCCAAGGGUGCCCGCACCCACGAUGUCAAGUCCAACACCGGACAAGAGCUGCGCGACGAGGACCUCGUUCUCCUGCCCAAGCGCAUGUUCGCCUACGCCCUGCGCGAGCGUCGCUUCGUACCCGUCAACAGCCACUUCCUCAAGGCCAUCCGCCGAGAGCAGGGCGUGUUCGAGAACCUGAAGAUCCUCAACGACUACAAGGACAUUGUGAGGGGCCUCGUCGCAUCCCACUUCCAGAAGAAGUCGCUCGAGCGGCGCUACGUCGACAUGGCGACGGAGGGGCCGAGCCAGGAUCUGAUCCAGAACAAGGGUCGUGGCUUGGUCGUCCUCCUCCACGGCGUGCCCGGUGUCGGCAAAACGGCGACGGCGGAGGCCGUGGCCAUGGAGUACCGCAAGCCGCUGUUCGUCAUCACGUGCGGUGACCUCGGGCUUUCGCCGUCCGAGGUCGAGAGCUCGCUGAAUAACGUAUUCCGCCUGGCGCACCUGUGGGACUGCGUCCUGCUGCUCGACGAGGCGGACGUGUUCCUGUCGCAGCGGUCGCGCGUCGACAUGAAGCGCAACGCGCUGGUCUCGGUCUUCCUGCGCGUGCUCGAGUACUAUAACGGGCUGCUCUUCCUGACGACGAACCGCGUCGGCACGAUCGACGAGGCGUUCAAGUCGCGCAUCCACAUGUCGCUCUACUACCCGCCGCUCGACAAGGCGCAGACGCGCGACAUCUUCCGGCUCAACAUCUCCAAGCUGCGCGAGAUCGAGGCCCAGCGCCACGACAUGACCGGCGACCCGACGCUCGUCAUCAAGACCGACGAGAUCAUCGACUUCGCCGGCAAGCACUUCGAGGACAACGCCCGCUCCACCGGCUGCUGGAACGGCCGCCAGAUCCGCAACGCCUUCCAGAUCGCCUCGAGCCUCGCCCACCACAACUAUACCAACGCCGUCGAGGCGGCGCGCAGCCGCGGCCAGCAGCCGCCCGCCGCGCCGGUGCUGGACCGCUCCCUGUUCGAGAAGGUGCAGCUGUCGACGCAGAGCUUCGACCGCCACAUGAAGGACACCAAGGGGAUCGACACCGAUCUACCUCUGCGCAGCACCUUUUACGAGGAAAACCGGUUCGAGUAGCGCAGAUAGGGCUCGGCAGGUAACAGAAUCGAGGAGGGUCGCCGUCUCAGACGCGGAUGAAUGUUCGAGUUACCAUAUGUCAUAUAAUAACGGGCUAUCCCCCUAGCGGGCUAUCCUAUCCUUACUAAAAAGCCUUAAAAGUCGCCCUUUUAUAAAUUAAAUAGCUUACUUAAAUAAAUUCGUAAAAUUAUAAAAGAUAUAUUAAAUUAAA